CCAAACCCUUAUAAAUUUCCACCCAAAUACCUCAAUUUCAUAUCGCUUUCUACUCACAAAUCUGUAAUUUAGCAUCAGUAAUCGUCAAUCCAUGGCUCGUACUAAGCAGACAGCAAGAAAAUCGACCGGUGGCAAGGCACCCCGGAAGCAGCUUGCGACGAAGGCGGCGAGGAAAUCGGCCCCCGCCACCGGAGGUGUCAAAAAGCCGCACCGCUUCCGCCCUGGGACGGUGGCGCUUCGGGAGAUCCGGAAGUACCAGAAGAGCACUGAGCUGCUGAUUAGGAAGCUUCCGUUCCAAAGGCUGGUGAGGGAGAUUGCUCAGGAUUUCAAGACGGAUCUUCGGUUCCAGAGCUCCGCCGUGGCGGCGCUGCAGGAGGCAGCUGAGGCUUAUCUUGUGGGUCUGUUUGAGGACACAAACCUCUGCGCCAUUCAUGCCAAGCGUGUAACUAUUAUGCCUAAGGAUAUUCAGUUGGCUAGGAGGAUUAGAGGCGAGAGGGCUUAAAAUUUCUCCUAUGUUUUGAUUAGGUCUGUUUUUAGUUCCUGCUUGCUUAUGUAUACUUUAGGAAUCUGGGUUUAACGUCGUCAAUCGCAUGGUAUGAGGUAGAGAUGGAUUGUGGUAGAUCUUGAGAUUUGUUUGGAGUGGGAUUUUGAAUGUAAAGCGUAAUCUCUAUUGAAUGAUUAAUUUGAAGAAAUUAAUGUUCCUUGCUAUUGCA